AUGGUUACCCUCGAGCAGAUGCGGUCUUCCAACGCCCGCAUCGCGGAGUCUCUCCCCGCGGGUAUGGUUGCCGUGUUCGUCGGCGGCACUAGCGGUAUUGGCGAGGCCACCAUGAAAUUGUUCGCCAAGCACGCCGUCGAGCCCCGUAUCUACUUUGUCGGCCGGUCGGACCGGGACGCGGGGCGCAUCAUCAAGGAACUCACGGCCAUCAACCCCGAGGGCCAAUAUCACUUCAUCCAAGCCGACCUCUCCCUGUUGCAAAACGUGGACGCCGUCUGCCACGACAUCAAGAGCCACGAGGAACUCAUCAACCUGCUCUUUCUCACAACCGGCACCAUGGUGACAGGCAAAGACACCCCAGAAAACCUCUACUACCCCACGGCAGUAACCUACUACGCCCGGAUCCGCCUCAUCGCUAACCUCCUCCCCCUCCUCCAAAAAGCGUCCUCCCUCCGCCGCGUCGUCUCCGUAUUCGGCGGCACCAAAGAAGGUCCCGUCUGCGUAGGCGACCUCCAGGGCCGCUCCCUGGGCCUCCCCCCCCGCAUCACCAAAGACACCCCCAAAGAAACCACCACCACCACACCCAAAGAGACCACCACCAAGAUCACCAAACCCUCCCCCCCAACCUUCCCCAACACCACCCCCAAACCCCACCCAGCGCACCUCCUCCAACUCCGCGCGCACACCUCCUCCCUAAUGACGCUCGCGCUCGAAUCCCUGGCCCUCGAAGCCCCCGACGUCAGCUUCGUGCACGCCUUUCCCGGCUUCGUGCGCUCGCACGCGGGGCGCUCCGUGCGCGCCGCCUCGGCGGUGGGGCUCGUCCAGGUCGUGCUGAACAAGGUGGUCGGGCCGAUGGUGACGGUCCCGUUGGCGGAGGCGGGUGAGAGGCAGCUGUUUGUGGCGACCAGUGGACGGUUUCCGGCGAGGUGUGGCUGGGGCCCGCCGGUGGCGGUGGCGGUGGCGGUGGCGGGGGAUGGGGGGGAGAGGGGGAGGAUGGGGAGUGCGAGUAGUCAUGUGUCGGUGACGGCGGGGGUGGGGUUGGUGGAGGGGGAGGGGGUUGCGGUUGCGAGGGGGAGUGAUGGGUUGGUGGGGGGCGGGGUGUAUUCGGUGAGUUUUGAUGCGGAGCCGCAGAGUGUGAAGGUGGAGGAGGCGGUGCAGCAGUUGAGGGAGGGGGAUUUGGUGAGGAAGUUGUGGUUGCAUACUGUGGGGGAGUUUGUGAGGGUGACGGGGACGGAGUUUGUGUAA